AUGGCUGCCCUCCUCCUCGGCUGCUUCGGCCUCGGCUACUCCAAAGCCUCGGACUACCGCGCCAAACGCGCCUCCCGCCAAAAAACCGGAAGUAGAGAAUACGACGAGAACUUCGCGGAUAUGCAAGCCGCGAACGCUAGACGAGUGAGCCAGCAGAAGAGCUCGCGCAACAACAGCAUCAGGCAUAUGGAGGAUCCUGCGUUUACUGGGGGAGGGCCGCCGAGCUAUGAUGCUGCUGUUAGGGAGAGGGGUGGCGGUGGUGGUGGUGGUGGUGGUGGCAGGACAGCGGGACUGGCGGUGGGAAGUGGGAGACAGACGGGGACGGUGCCGCUGACGCCGCAGCUUAGCCCGGGAAAGAGGGUGGCGGAGAAUGAUUUUGCUUGA